CGAGUCCGCGUGAGUCAGGUCAAUGGCGUUCCUGCUGCUGUUUGCUCUGGCCGUCUCCGGCUUGCAGUGCACCGGCGCAGCGGUCGUUGGCCGCCACGCCAAUCUCAAUGUGACAAUGCGCUCGACAAUGCGCGCGGCGGCGCCGGCACCUGCUGUGCCGCCGUCUCCCCCUCCCGCAGUGUCCCUCCAGCUCAAACGGAAGGGCGGGGAGGGGGACAAGUCGCCCUCGCCCAAGAAGCCCAGGUUCGGGGGUGAUGGGCCGUUUGCGAAGCAGCAGGCGGGGCUCGUCUACAAAGGAUUCUACGAGGUGGCGUCAGGCGAGAGGGAUCCGGCCAACCGCCGGGAGGAGGGCUUCAAGAAGCUCAUCGACAAGGCCAAGAAUGCUGGAGGGGGCCUGGUGGAGGGCGCCCCUGACCCCAACAAACCUGUCUUCUUCGAUCAAUGCCACGGUGAUCGCAAAACGCACAGCGCACAUGCAGACCAUACAUAGAUCGUCCGGCCCUUCACAUGUCUCAUGUAUGUCUCGUCUUUGGUGAUACAUAGUCAACAGGUGGCUGUCGGGCAAGGCCCCCGGGUACGUCAGUGAGAGUGUGGAGGGACACAUGCGAGAGUACAGGCAUGCACAAGAGAGUGUCUCUCUCUGUCUGCCCUGGUGUAUUGCAGCUACUGUGACCCAGCGCUGGAGUACUCAGGGUCGUUAGACAGCCACGUGCUCGAGGGCGGAAAGAAGGCCGUCGAUAUCGUGACCGGGGAGAGUCCUGAUCCGAAUCUCAACAACCAGCUCCGUCACACCUUCACACCCACAGACCCAAAGGAGCCCAUCCUCAGGUACGUACAAAUCACAUCCACCACGAGUCUCACGGGUCCCGUGUGUCACUCAGCCCGUGCACAGCGUUGUAUGGAGCGACAAACACAGGCCUGAUGGAAGGCGAUAUCAUGGGCGCCCAUCCUCUCGCGAUCCCCCGCAUCAAGAGCCUGGUGAAGAAUCUCCACGCGAAGACGUGGCUGCUCCCCGAGAACAUCCACCUCACCAGCAGGCACAGCAUACAAGGGUUCCCACUCGAUAUGCCAGUAAACCCGCGGCAUUGCACCGGUGUCCUCGGGAGAGGCGGCCUUGGCAAGUGGGGGCCAAACAAUGCCGCAGAUUCGAUGCUUCGCUCGUCAGAAAAAACUGACACAAAUUCAGCCCCAUCAAUCACUUGUCUGCAUGCAUCUCUUCUUGUCUGUGUGCUUCAGUUGUUCCGCAAGGUACCUACCGCACCUCAGAUCUUGA